AAUUGUUGCAGAUUGGCACGUCGGCCGCCCCAACACCACCACUGCGCGUCAGUUGCGGCCGCUACAACCACCGUGAUGCUCCGCCACGCGCGGCGGCGGCCAGGCUACGGCCUCCAGCUCUGCGCUGCCGCCUCAGCACUCAUUCUUAUUCUCUUCUCUCUCUCUGUACUCCAUAGUCGCCUCUCCUCCUCCCCUUCUUUUCCCCUCCGCCUCGGCCUCCCUUCCGUCCUUCCCCGACGCACCCAUGUUGACCCAGUUCCUGAUCAUGACACUGCCCUCUUCGAAGACGACGACAUCGAUCCGCUCAAUGAGACCGACCCAGGAGAGGACAGGAUUGAUGAGCUUGACGUCGUCGAGGAGGAAGUGGAACGUGGUGGAAGCGCCCAGGUGGAGGAGGAGGACUCCGAUGAGCAAGAUACCGACGAGACUUCAGUCCAGGAUAUUCCCAGAUCAGGCCUGUUCUGGGACCAUGGCCUCGGCGUCGCCCGCAGGCGAUUUGGCCCGGCGGAUCAGGACUGGCAGCGCAAACGCUUUCCCUCGUCUUACGGUGCCUGCCCCUUUAGGAGCAAGAUCUCGUUCGCGUCGGAUGAUCAGCCGGUGGAUGAGGACAUGCGGAUCAAGCUCGACUCCAUCCGGAAGGUCGAGGACGCUCUACUGCUAAAAACGGGCUCCGGCGAGUCACCUCUGCGGGAUGGGUGGGCCCGUUGGUUGGAGGGGAAGGGGAAUUUCCUCCGACGGGAGCGGAUGCUCCGAUCUAAUCUCGAACUCUUGAACCCCAGGAACCAUCCUUUGCUUCAGGAUCCAGACGGCCCCGGACUAACGACCCUCACUCAAGGCGAUCGGUUGAUUCAAAGGACGCUGUUGAGGGAGAUGGAGAGAACGCCACUAACUUUGCGCAAGGGCGAUGAUGCUAAAAGGUCCGAGAGGAGAAGAACACUAGUAGUGGAGAAGCAAGAGGAGAUCUCAAAUGGGCACCUGCAGAAGCAUACCCAAGAGGGUCGAAUGCACACUCAUGAUCGGCGAUGGGGCUAUUUUCCUGGUUUGGAUCCCCAUCUAACAUUUUCGGAGUUUAUGGAACAAUUUCUGGGCAGUGGACAAUGCGGCAUAACAGUAUUCAUGGUGUGGAACAGUCCACAAUGGACUUAUGGUCCCCGGCAUCGCCUGGGCCUUGAGAGUCUUCUUCACCAUCAUUGGGACGCUUGCGUUGUUGUGUUCUCUGAGACAAUGGAGCUGGGCUUCUUCAGGGACCUAGUCAAGGAGGGGUAUAGAGUUGCUGUUGCAAUGCCAAAUCUUGAGGAACUUCUAGAGGACACUGAAGCACGAGUUUUUUCAUCUGCAUUCUUUGAUUGGAGGAAGACGAAGUAUUAUUCUGUUCAUUAUAGUGAGUUAGUGCGUCUUGCUGUUCUAUUCAAGUACGGUGGCAUAUACCUUGAUUCAGAUAUUGUAGUUCUAAAGCCUCUGCACCUGCUUAAGAACCUGGUAUCAAUCGAGUCUAACACAUCUGGCAGUACAGUCUUCAAUGGUGCAGUCAUGGCAUUUGAGAAGAACAGUUCAUUGAUGCUGGAGUGCCUUAAAGAACUAGUUGCAACAUAUCAUGACAACCUUUUAAGGUGGAAUGGGGCUGAGCUUAUGACACGAGUAAUAAACAGGGUCUCUGACAAGACUGAUAAGUUUGAUAUGCAGAUGGAACCUCAAUUUAUCUUUCAUCCUAUCAGUUCGACAAAUAUCACAAGGUAUUUUGCAGAGCCUUCUGGUGAAUUUGAAAGAGUUGAAGAAGAUGCUCUUUUGAACAAGAUUGUGAAUGAAUCAACCACAUUCCAUUUCUGGAAUGGCUUAACAUUUGCGCUGGUUCCUAAGCCUAACAGUCUCGUGGAACGGCUUCUCAAUCAAUAUUCCCUUCAUUGUCACGGUCUGUUGUGAUUUCACUGGGACAGCCCAACCUUCAAAACUGAUGCCACCUUUGCUGUCUCUAAAAUGUGCUAACGUGCAUGAUCAGGGUGCUGAAAACAAAAAUCAAGGGGGCAUUAUCAGAAUAAAAAAGCAGCUGCUUUAGGCGAAAUUGGUACCUUCUGAGUGACAUCAUCUUUGGUGAAUCAAUUUACUGCGCUUGGCUGCUGUUGCAAGAAAGUCAUUUAUUUAAGAGACAAGCUUUAUACAGGAUUUAGAGAUAAGUGACUCUUUAAUGUUGUUGGUAACAAAGUGCUAUGGCCUAUUCCCGAGAUAAUAAAGAAUUGCGGAUAUAAUUUUGUUUUUAAAAAAAGGAAAAGGGAUGGUUUUAUAGGUUAGAUGGAAUUUCAUUGGCCACAUUGUAAAACACUGGCAUUUAUGUUGGUAUGCCAGAAUAAUGUUGUGGCCCAUACCAUUUCUGAGCUAUAGAUUCAUUCAUUAGCCUGAAGUUUCUCUUCUAAAGGGGCUUGUUUGUAUGAAAUCAUAGCAAUGUUCCUGUACUUUUAAGUUUUAUCAACACCUCCUUUGGAUACAAUUAUUAGCUUUCAGCGUGUUAUUACUAUGAAAGGUUAUAUACUUUUAGUAUUGAUGAUACCUGAUUGUGAUCAUUGCUGAUGAAAUUGGCAAGGAAAAAAUGGACGCUUCUGUUAGAUUUUGGUCUGCAAUUAUAUACUUCCUAUUAGAUCGUUUCUCUUGCUGAUUUUGCAUCACAUGGAUCUCCCUAGGUAGAUCUAAUGGCUUGAAUUUCCUGAUGAGAAUUCUUGCCAUUUUAUUUUGAUUACUGAUUUGAUUUGAAUCUUACAGAAGUUCUGGUUCUGAUGUAUUAAACUAACUGUGAUGUAUUAAACUAACUGUCAUGAUCAUCACAUAUUGAAAUAUCUGAUUAUGGUUCUUUUUGCACCUCUCUCAUUCAAAGUCUAAAUAGAUGCUGAACUUUAGUUUUUCAUCCUUUAUUUGGGAGUAUCUCGAAACAGGAAGUUUACUGAUCUAGUCUUUUGCUGUUAUUCUGAAUUGCACAAUCAUUACAAUUCAACACUGAUGAAAGCUCUUCAACCUUAUGUACAGCAUGUAUUUCAACAAGAGAUGACAAUCUGAACAUGUUCCAUGAGGAAUUCAAUCUCCAAAGAUCUCCAACUUUGGCCAUCCUCCAUCGGCUUGCAAUUUGACAAACUCUGCCAAGAGUUUAAUCUCAUCCUCCUGCAACCUUGGUCCAAAUGUGCAUUGCCCUCUCGGCGUGCACUGCUCUCCAAAUCCCUGAAAGAAAUGUAAUCAUCUCUGCGCCACUCUCAAGCUGCAAAUGACACAAAGUGAUGGAUCGUCGAGAUCAAUCUAGGGUACGGCUUGUGAUGGAUCCUCAAGUCCAAGCCGCAGCAAUGCUUGUGAUGGAUCCUUGGCAGCAUCCACGCAAACUCUAUUCCUGCAAGUACUGCAACAAGAUGCUGAGCACGCCUCAAGGGCUUGGUGGGCACCAGAAUGCACACAAGACUGAGAGGCAACAGGCAAAGGUAGCACCGAAUCGGAAACCAGAACCAUCUGAAUGCUUUGUUCUGGUGCCACUGGAACCACCAGGUGGAUCAAAAACAGAAAGAUUGAAUGUUAAUGAAGGAGGUAAUAAUUGCAGUGCAGGCAGACCAGUUACUAGAGAUUUCAUCUCCAACAUUGGUCAAACUAAUCAUGUUGUCAUAGGUCAACAAAAAUUUCCUGAUCAUGAUCUUGAUCUCUCCCUUCGACUUUGAGCAUUAUAUACUGUUGUCUGUUUGGGAUUUGUGGUAUUGCAUGUGUUUUUUGUGAGAAUAAGUGUAGUAGCAUGAUACAACAGGUGCAUGAUAGUUUCUUUUAGAAGUGUUGCAUGUUCAUAAGUUUCCUUAUCUGGAACAGUCGUCAGUUAGUUUAUCCAAGUUCGUGGUGUUUCAUGUCAUUUUUUUGGAAGGAAUUGUUGCAUGUUCAUGAGUUAAUUGGUUAAGGUGCAAUUGUCGUGUGUUCCAGGUCAAACUGCUGUUUCUGAAAUGAGAAUGUCUCAUGUUAGUUUGUUCUUCCA